AUGGGAGGGGGCUGCAGAAUCGAUGCGGUCGACGCUCCAUUUGCCUCUGGAUUUCUUAGGCUUCUUCCUCGGCGCUGGUGGCCACGCGAGCAGCGUCUCGCCGUCAAAAACAAAAAAAAAACCCCGCGAGGAGCUCUCAAGGAGAGCGAUUUUCUUUUAAAAUAUUCACCUGAAAGUGAAGAACUCGUUCGCGUGUAAAACAACCCGCGGUGUUUUUGCUUUAGCAAAUGAACGGCGAUAAAAGUGCUGCGCAUUGUGACUCGGGGUAAGGGGAUCGCGACGAUGUCGCCGCCCCAGUCCCUCUCCUUCCACAUCCUCGGAGUGCCUCGUUGAGUAGAAAUCUGCGCAGCUGUAGAAAUCUGCGCAGCUGCUGGAGCUGCUGCUUCAAAGCGGUGACAGCAUCGGCGUCCUUUAUUUAAACCAGGAUGGACGGCCCCCGUGCAAGGGGGCCCGCGGCCGGACGGGGCCGUGGUCGAGGAGGGGUCCCCCCCAGGUCUCCGGGGAGCGCGUGGGCGGCGGGGGUGCCCGGAGGAGUUGCGGGGUCGCUUUUCCCGGGCGGUAGAGGUCGGGCUGGCACCCCUGCUCGCCCUCCAACUCCGGUGGCAAGAGGUCAACCGGGACCAAAUAUGGGGCCCGCUGCUGGUGGGGUGAAGGUGGCGCGUGGGGGCGCAUCCACGGACGGCCGCUCAGCCCAGCAGAGAUUCCACGAGGCUCAACUUGCCAACCAGGCGGCCGCCAGAAAAUUCACCAGCGAUUGCGACAGGUCCACCUCCUCCGAUGAUGACGACGACGAUGAGGAUAACGACGUUAAGGAAGCGCAGAGCAACACAAUCCUGGACUCGGCGCUCCGCCAAUACACUGGGCAAGCAGGCACGGAGGGGGCGGUUGUGCUGGAGAGGACGAGGCAGCUGCUUGAGGAGUGUCUGCAGUCGGGGGCGCUCUCCUGUCUCGUGUGCAUCAGCAGCGUGAAGCGCACGCACGCCGUGUGGAGCUGCAUGGGAUGCUACAGCGUGUUUCACCUGCCGUGUGUGCAGCAGUGGGCUCGGGACAGCGCUCGCCUCGCUGUGCCCUCCCCGCUCUCCCCACAGCUCUUCCCGGCUGUCGACACGCCCUGGCACUGCCCCAAGUGCCGUCACGAGUACACGCGGAAGGAGGCGCCCAGCGUGUACUACUGUUGGUGCGGCCGGGAGCCUGACCCCCGGCCCGACCCGUGGCUCGUGCCACACUCGUGCGGGGAGGUGUGCAACCGCGAGCUGCGGCCGUCCUGUGGCCACCGCUGCCUCCUGUUGUGCCACCCGGGCCCGUGCCCCCCUUGCCCCCAGGUGGUACGCGUCCCAUGCCACUGUGGAGGAGGCGGCAUUCAGAGCCGGCGCUGUGGGGGGCGUGCGUGGUCGUGCGGCACCCCCUGCGGUCGCGCCCUGCCAUGCAGGCAGCACAAGUGCAGCGUAACGUGCCACGCAGGUGAGUGUCCCCUGUGCCCGCAUGUGAGCUCCCAGCUGUGCUGCUGUGGGACCUCGCUUGCUAUGAGGCCGUGCAGCUCUCCUGAGUGGCAGUGCAUAAAGGUGUGUGGGAAGGCAUUUGACUGUGGCGUACACACGUGUGAGCUCGUAUGCCACGCGGGGGCGUGCGGUUCGUGUCCACGCUCCGGGGAGCGCAGCUGUCCCUGCGGAAAGACAAGGUGCUCCUUGCCAUGCACGGAGGAGGUGCUGCUGUGUGGGGACACGUGUGGCCGCCUCUUGUCAUGCGGCGUCCACACCUGCGCACAGCGCUGUCACCGUGGACCCUGCGACACCUGCCGGCAGGUGGUAGAGAAGGUGUGUCGGUGCGGCCGCCAUUCGAAGGCGAUGCCGUGCCUCAAGGAGUAUCUGUGCGACACGCGCUGCACCCAGCAACGCACCUGCCAGCGCCACGCCUGCCGGCGCAAGUGCUGUGACGGGAACUGCCCACAGUGCGACCAGGUGUGCGCCCGUUCCCUCUCCUGCAAGAACCACAAGUGCUCCUCCAUUUGUCACCCCGGCAGCUGCUAUCCGUGCGGGGUGAGCGUGGAGGUGAGCUGUGCAUGCGGAUCCACAAAGGUCACGGUGCCGUGCGGUAGGGAGAAGCACACGCGCCCCCCGCGCUGCAAACAGCUGUGCAGCGCCCAGUCGGACUGCCACCAUGCGGCACGCGAGCCCCACCGCUGCCAUGGGGGGCUGUGUCCCCCGUGCCGCCAGACAUGUCGCCUCCCGCUCAAGCCGUGCGGGCACGUGUGUCCCGCCCCGUGCCACGAUAACGACACGCUCGCCGAGCCCGCCGCGGCUCAGCGCGCUGGCCCCUGGGAGCUGCCGGCGCCAGUGGUGAAACGGGCGGUGUCGUGUCCACCAUGCAUGCAACCCACCCCCACGAAAUGCCUGGGAGGCCAUGAGGAGAGUGCGUUGCCGUGUCACGCCGCGCGCCCCUCCUCGUGCGGCCGUGCGUGUGGUCGAUUGCUGGCGUGUGGGAACCACACCUGCUCGCUGGUGUGCCACGCGGUCACGGGCUCCGGCCUACAGGCCGGCCCGGAGUGUGCGGUGUGCGAGGAGGGGUGUGCACGGUCCCGCCCGGAGGGGUGUACCCACCGGUGCAAGCGCCGGUGCCACCUGGGCCCCUGCCCGGCCUGCACACACACCAUACGCACACCCUGCCACUGCACACUCGUGUCCAUCCAUCUGUCCUGCAGCGAGCUGCUCUCCGCCGGUGAGACGGAGCGAGACAAACUGCUCUCCUGCAAGAACCAGUGUCCGCGAAAGUUGGAGUGUGGACAUCGCUGCCGCGCCCUUUGCCACCCGGGCGCGUGCCCGACCGGCGAGGCGUGUACGCACCGUGUGCGUGUGCGGUGUGCAUGCACGCGCAUCAAGAAGGACUCGGUGUGCUGGAAGGUUCAAACUGGCCAGCUACGUGUGGAUUGCGAUGAGGGGUGCGAAGAGGAAAAACACAAGCUCCAGCAGGUGAAGUUGGCCGAGGAGCAGGCUGCCUUAGAAGAAGAGGAGAAAAAGAAACAGGCGGAGCUGGAGUCUUACGCGCGUCUCUUCGGGAAGAAGCGCCGUCGAGAGCGCUCGCAAGCACUCGCCACACCCGCUGCCUCGCACACGCGCAGAAACAUCGCCAUCACGGCCAUCGCCACCACCAUCAUCGCCAUCAUCGCUUCCGCUGUCUCUUACAUAUACAAGGAUUGAUCAUUACCCAUCAUCGCAUUCAUCGCCAUCAUCACAACCAUCAUCGCCAUUAUCACUAGUAUCACCAUCAUCAUCAUUGCCAUCAUCACCAUCAUGACUAUCAACUUAGGUGUCAUCAUUGACUCCGCUUAAAUGGACUGAAGAUUACACUUCACAUCACUAGCAUCACGGUCAUCAUCGUCAUCAUCACCAUUGACAUCAUCACUGCCAUAACCUAGGCCGGUUUGGACUAACACCCACCUUCGCCAUAACCCUCGUCAGCACAGGUACACUCAAUACUAUAACAAUGUUGGUGGUGGUGAUAUAUUGAUGCGGGCUGUUUACUUGAGGGUAAUACAGUCAUAUGUUUGUUGUUGGAAUAAAUGGAGCUAAUUAUGUGAUUAGACACACGACCCUAGGCCUACGCACACCAGACACACAUCCGUACAUCAAUGUACCCCUUUUGUCAUUCUAUGAAUUUUCACGAUUUGGGGUGGCAAUAUUUAAUCAAAUAGAUUAUAUUAACCAAGUUCCUAGUUGACAAUCUUAGCCCGGCCACCAAUGGCUGCACAAAAAAAGCCCAUCGCAUUAUAUAUUGACCGCAGUGAUUUUUUUAUGGAUUCUUGAAUUUAACUGUGGCCCUGAAUUGGAAUAUUUCAUGCAACUGCAAUGGGGUGAAUUGUUCACCCGCUUCCACCCCAUGAAAAACACUAAAGUCGUCCACUAAACUCGUCAACCACACGGUAAAUAACACACCAGUCACUCGCACUCACCACACACACCACUCUUGCCCACCAUGCACCAUUAUUGGCCACACACCACUCGUGUUCAACACACAUGUUCACCACACACACUACUCAUGCUCGUCACACACACUGCUCGCAGUGAUAUACAUUUGUUCUCAAAAAAAUUGUGUUUGAAAGUGGUGUGUGCAUGUUAAAGAAAAGAUUUACGGGCAGGAGCGUUCCACUAGAAAGGAUGGGUUCUAGUCCUGAUAGGGUGUUACUCCCCAAGCCAUCAUCAUCUCUCAUGCUCAUGGUACGAUCCAAUUUUUUAUGUCUGUGCAUGAGUCUAUUGUAUCACUCCAUCUCAUAUUAGAAGUGGAGACAUGCUUUGGCAAAAUUGUUCAGAGCAAAAUUAUUAAUAAGUGUUUUGUUUUCUCGAUUAGCUUGACCAGAGAGAGACAGGGGCAUAUAGAGACGUACAUAAAACAAAACAAAUUAACUCCAUUUCGCUGUAAACAAAUACACUGCCUUGUACUGCCAUCUGCUGGCCACAUAGCCAAACUAAUUUUACUACGUCCUGAAGUCAGUCCGUUUCAUGAGCAGAUCUUGAUUCCCUAAUUUGACGUCUCACCCACCACCUCUGAGCUUGCUUCGUGAACAAGAUUUAGUUUAAAUAGGGGCCAUAAGUCAGAUUCCGUGGGGCGUGGUGCUGGAGUCAGCAACGACGUUGGUCCCAUCGGCUCCAGUGAGUACCUCCUGCACGCAGGAGAGCCACGUUGGCAGCAGGACGGGGCAGGUAAGGUGGUCGGUGGUUGUGGGCAGCAGGUUUUAGGAAGGGAGAGUCAAAUCCAAUUGUGUUUUUGCUUAAACACUUGGCCACCUUACUAGCACAUCUGCCACGCAUUGAGCUAAUUUCACAGUGGAAUCGCAGCCAGCCAGGCCCAACGACGCAUUUUGCCGAUAUACCGUCCCGCCACGUUCGAAACUGCAAGGCAACGAUUGUGACCAUGGAAUUAAGCCCUCCCAUCAGGCCCAGGAUGCCACGUGCCAUCACCACGCUGUGUAUUGUAUGCACGCAUCCAUGUUAUUGACCAACUAAGGCAAAAAUGGGGCUGUAUCAGAUAAUUGGAUAGCAGUUUCGUGCUUGUUAGGAAUCGUCAGUUGCAGUAGAGCUAUCAUCACUGCUGCCUUGUGCCCUGGGGGCGCAGUCAGUGUGCGUCAUACACGUAGUAUGGUGAGGUUGCGUGGCAUGCAAGGCAUGACGGGCAGACCGAUUACAAUCGUGCAUUUUGGUGUAUAUUAAUGAUCUUGUACGUGCAUUGCAUACUCGGUAAACAUGCAACGUUGGGCCAACGGCAUGUGGUUCCAACCCUACCGAUUUAAGCGUUAUGCUGCCAAUGUUUUUACCGGGACACCAAAUAACCGAAUUUCGAUAUUCAUCAUUGCCCUUGUUAAUGCGAUCUUUGCUCUGAUAAUCAGUUUGUGGUAAAAUUGUUUUUUUUUUUAAGUGCGACCUGCUGCUUACACUGGUAGGGUUCGCCGUAUGGCUAGGUUUACAUAGCAUUUCACUUACCCAGUAAACACGCAAUUCUGGGCCAACGUUGGUCCAACAUCUUUUGGUCCAACGGUUCCACCCACGUGUCUUUGACCAUAUUGUUGCAUGUUUGCUGAGUAUCUGAUGAGUUCCAUUCGCAUAAAGUUGCAAUUGGUGUGCUGAAUCCCAACCCUUGGCACGUGUUGUGUUUCGGGAGGCAAGUCGCACGCUACGCCGCCGUGCCUAAGCGCGUCCAGGAAGGCGUUUGCCACACGUUCCGCUUGCAGCCCACGCAACUUCCCCUUUUUUUUAACACGUUGAGAGUUUUUUUUGUGCCUAUAUGUUUUUCGCUGCCACUGCUGCCACGAGUCCCAUUUAUAGUCCUGCCUGCCAGCAUAGCGAUGUUGAGCAAGGAGGACUUACAGUGCGCGUGUCGGCAAGGAUUGUAGUCCGACACCUUUCACCAAUGAUCCCCAAUGUCGGUUAAACCCGUUUUGGCAAAUGGCAGGUGAGCAGGGCCACACCACCGCACUGAUGAUCAAUAAUGAUAAAAAAAAGUAAGCACAUGUACGGCCCUUUAGUUAGUCCGCUGGUGGUUGAGCGCUUUCUCACGCUGUACGGGUCAUGGAGGUCAAGUGAUGAAUUCGCCAUUGCGGGUUCGUGAAUUCAUAAGACAGAUGUGUCAGUAUUAUCCUGUGCUGACCAUCACGUAGCCCUAACUGCAUUCUGCCCAUGACAACUUGGCGUGCAUGACGGCCGCCCAUCCGCCUCCUAUCCAUUCUUUAAAUCCUGCUUAGCUUUAUAGAUCUGACGCACGGAGCGCAUUCCAGGCUAAUUGGUGAUAGACGGAGGAAUAUGGGUUCCACUUAAACAUGAAUCUUAGUCCAUCAGCCUAUUGGGUUACCAGACUAAUAUCCAGUAAAAUGUUUAAGCACGAUCUCAUGUAAAGUCAGGACUGUUAAACAAAUGCUGCUCGGUUAUUUGUUAUUAGCAAGAGCACGUUAUAAGGCAGAGCCCAGGCCAAUCCAAUAACAAAAACGCUGUUGUCGAGUCUUAUGGGUAAACAAAUAGCCCUGUCUUCUUUUGGGCUUUCUCAAACAAUAUUUUUGCAAAAUAUAUAUAAAUUAUAUGCUCGUGUUACUUUGAGGCCAGUUGAAAUAAUUAAAAUGUAGAAGCCAGGCACAAUAAAAUGAAUGAUAUGAACGAAACAUUCAAAUAGGUUCUUAUACAAGACAAAAAAUAGGGUUUAUAGUAUUCUUGAAUCUAAAUGCAGUCCUGCUGAAUCAUGGCAUUUAAUCAAAUUUAAUGGCGGAAAUUAUUGUGACACUACUACGAUGGAAUACUCUACAUAUACUGGGAAUUACACAACUUUUUGGAGGUUCUGAGCCAAUGGUGGAAAUUGCACAUUCCUAUGACAAGAGCGAUGGCUCAGUGGUUAGUGGACUGCAUCGUGAACUUGGCGAUGUGAGUUUGGAUUCCCAGCCAUGGCUAACGGUGAUUUGGAGUGAUGCCUGUGAACUGGUUCUACCCCCCUCCCCUCUCCACCCUUCACCAUCCUUCACCGAUCACAGUGGUAAUGUGUGAGCAAGUAACCCCUAUGACGAACGUGGAGUGGCAAGGCCUUCAAAAUGAUUUUACAAAACGGUUACAUAUAUGGAAUACUCUUAACUCAACUGCCAUCCUAGAAAUAACACAAUUUGCCUGAGUAUAUAUUACAAUCAUUGAAAGUGGACUGUCAUCAAAAUUAAGUAAAGGGGUAAGUCAGAGCUGGUCGGAGUCCCUUUGGAAAAUUUAAAAUGGUAAAGAAAAUCAGGACACCAAUGAGGCCUAAUAAGGGAGGCUUAAUGCACGUUGGGUGACCAUAACAUAUACAGCUCAUAGAAAAGUUUUCAAGGAAGCAUUGAGUGGUGCAUGCUGGGAAAUACGCUGAGAAAAAUUACAUUGAAAUCUGAGACAUCACAGUGACAAGAGAAUAGAGCAGGACAGAUUCCAAGAAGGGGUGAACUAUCGGUGGCCAAGACUUUAACAAAAAAAAGCAGCCAAAGGAGAGAAUGUGCAUGACGAGAGGACGUCAACUGAGGGUCUGGUGCAAUGAAAUCAGCUGGUGUGCAGGAGUUCGAUGGAUUUGCUGAGGCUGUGAGAGAUGGUGAUGGCUUGAAGAGGAAUUCGUCGAGCAGUGGAUAGAUUAUGGCUGAUGUGUGUUCAUACCAUCAUUCUAUACCAUGUGCAGUUAUUUAACAUGCAGGUUCACACUUCAGUAAUGUCAAUUAUGUUUUGUAAUGCAAAUUAAAAUGUAAUUAUUUGAAUAUUUCAAGGGCAGGAAAAUCGACGUGUUAUUGACAGACUGGCCUUCAUCACGAAUAAACAAAGGUGAUGGCGGUGAUGUAUCUUGCCAUCGGCGAAAUCCA